AUGCUAACACGGCUCAUCUGCGCACUCGCACUCACCACAACAUGCCACACUCACCCACUCGAACACCCCGCCCAACUCACCUUCAGUCGCGGUGAUAACCCACACACCGCUCAGCAACCCGACGCAUACCCUCCCACAGGCUCGGACUGGCCAUACCGCCCGCUGCCGUGGGGAGACGUAAACAUCCUCAGCACAACAGACACUCAUGGCUGGCUGCUGGGACACUUGCGCAACGAGCCGAGCUUCAGCGGAGACUGGGGCGACUUCUACUCGUUCGUCCAGCGAAUGAAGCACGAAGCGCGGCGGAGGGGCGUCGACCUCCUCCUCGUCGACUCGGGCGACCGUGUAGACGGCAACGGACUCGUCGACGCCGAGCCUCCUCCCCGCCCAAAGGGCUCCUCCGCACUCGAGAUCUUCUCCAAGAUGCCCUACGAUGUCAUCACGACCGGCAACCACGAGCUCUACAAGUAUCCCGUGGCGUCGUACGUCUCUUCCGCCCUCUCGCGCGCAUACGGCGAAAAGUGGGUCGUCUCGAACGUCAACAUCACCCAGACCGACAAACGAGGGGAGGCGAGCGAGGUUAUGAUGGGGAACAGGGUGAGGAAGUUUGUCACGGAGAGGGGGAGGAAGGUGACUGCGAUUGCGCCGCUGUUUGAUUUCAAGGCCCACGCGCCGGGUAUCACCGUCCAGUCACCCUCGCUCAUGGUUCAAGAACCCUGGUUCAAAGAAGCCAUCUCCUCCGCACCCGACUUCUUCCUCCUCGUGGGCCACAUGUCCCUCCGCACCGAACCCGACUCGCAAUGGUCGCUCAUCCUCUCCACCAUCCGCGCCGUCCAUCCACACGUACCGGUACUCGUCUUUGGAGGACACCACCACAUCAGAGAUUGCGUGCAGGAGGACGCGUGGAGUUUGGGUUUGGCGGCGGGACGGUAUUUCGAGACGGUUGGGUGGGCUAGCGUCAGCGGGCUGAACGACUCGACGAAACCGCCCGUCUUCAAGCGUCGCUACCUCGAUCAGAACCGCCAGACCUACGCCUAUCACACCCAACCGGACUUUGACACGCCCGAAGGUCGCGCAAUCUCGGAGGAGUUGACGCAGACGGCGAGGCGGUUCAACCUGACCGACCGGUUCGGGGUCGCUCCGCAAGACUACUACCUCUACCGCUACCCCCCUUCAUCCCCACACUCGAUCUUCCACCUCCUCACAACCAAAGUCCUCCCCCUCCUCAUCCGCCGAACAGACAGACCUUACGAGCCUUACACGUUGUUGAACACGGGGAGCGUGAGGUUCGAUUUGUUCAAGGGCAACUUUACGAGGGGUGAUCAGUGGAUCAUGCUUCCCUUCACCAAUUCAUUCCUCUAUAUCCCCGCCGUGCCACUCGCGCUCGCCUCCCGAGUCCUGCACUACCUCAACAUAGUCGGCGAACACGGGCUCGUCUCCUCCUCUCCCUCGGUGCCUGAGGCGCCGCCCCAUAGGCUUGCGGGACCGGAUGCGAGAGCGGCGAGGGACGCAGCGGCGCUGGAACAUGCACAUCGCCGUUCCCUCCUCACGCAAUCCACGGCGUUCGAGCGGGAGCAGGAACAGGACGACGGAAAGUGGCGGAUGAAGCGUCGUACGGAGGGGUACGUCACGCCCGACUCGUGCGGCGUCGAGUCGGACGACCCCUCAGAGGUGCUGGGGGACGACACCCUCCACCGGCCCUUCCGUUCCUCCCUCCAACCCAUCUUCGUCUCCACCGCGCUUCCUCAACACGAAGAGAAAAUCGAUGUCGUCUUCUUCGAUUUCAUCACGCCUGACGUGCUCGGCGCGCUUAACGUUCUCGGCGCGGCGGGCAAGGGAGGGAAGAAGUAUGGAGCAAGGGACGUCGAGGUUUAUAUGGGGAACUUGACGGCGAAUACGUUGAUGGAGGAGUAUGCGAAGAGGGAAUGGAACUAG